AUCCCCGACUCCUCUGCCGACUCCUCUGUAUCAACAAACCACCUCCCCAUUUAUAAACCCCUCUUGUGUUAUUUGCCCUAGUUAAGAAUGUCGGCCUUCUUAGCGGCUGCCCUUCUCGCCUCCUUGGUGGUAGCCUCUAACCACACCAUCGAGUGCGCCCCGGGCCUCCAGAUCUUUGUCGCCCGCGGGACCGAGGAGCGUCCCGGCCCAGGCGUCUCGGGGGCCAUCGCCGAGGCGGUCCUCAACGAGAUUAGCGGCUCCGCCUUCCAGGCGAUCGACUACCCCGCAUCGAAUAAAGACCCCGUCUACUUCGACUCGGUGCGCAACGGCAUCCACGUCGUGAGGCAGAGCCUGAUCGACUACACAGAGGCUUGCCCCAAUGGCAAGAUUGCUCUCCUUGGAUACUCGCAGGGCGCGCAGAUCACGGCGAAUGCGCUCAGCGGGACCGUCGUUGCGUGGUCGCCCUACCCAGAGACCGGGAAGAACCUCGAUAGUCUGGACGACGACGUUACCAAGAACAUCGUGGCUGUGGCCCUCUUCGGCGACCCGUCCCUCGCCCCCAAAGCCAAGUACAGAAAGGGAACCGCCAACCCUGAUUUCGAGGGCGUCUUCCAUCGCCAUAACUCCAGCGGACUUGACGCCCUCGGCGGCCGGCUCGUCUCCUACUGCGAUGCUGGCGACGUCUUCUGCGAUGCCGGCUCGGACCCAGUCAUUCCCGCCCACCUUCACUACCAUGAAACAUACGGCGCCGAGGUGGUCGAGUUCUUUGUCCGGCAGUAUGAGGACCCAGAUAGCAGCGCGCCCAGCCCCUCCGCCAGUGCUACUCCUAGUGUUUCGGAGUCUGGCGCGACCCGCCGGGCUAUGCCCUUUAGGUGGUAAAGAACCUACCGCAUCUUACCAAAUAUGUUAGGCGCGGAGAUCACCUAGUCUUGGAAUGUGGGGGUUGGUAUAGCUGGAAUAGGA